AAUCAUACGACACCAUGGAAUCGGCGACCGGAGGGGCAACUCAGCCGGAGAGAGAGACAAUAAAUAGAGAAGGAUCGCCUCCCCUCGACACCGCGGAAUCGCGCCACGUGGUGCCCCUGCGGCAUCAAGGGCAGCCGCAGCCUUCCCCCACCUCCCCUACGCCCACGGCCUGUGGCGGUUCCAUCGCAAUGGCAUAAUCCCCUGGUUAUUCUCCCCUUCUGUUCCCUUCUCUCCCUGAUUCUCUUCUCGUCUCCAACUUGCUCCGAUUCCCCUGCCACCGCCGUUCCUCGUGCCCUUGUCCUUCCAUCGAUCCUUCGCUUGAUACGAGAAGCAGCAGCAACAUCGCCAUCCGAUCGUGAAGGUAAUUCCAAAUAAGUGGGAAAUCUUGCAGGAGGAUUUCGGAGAAAGUAGUGGUGAUGGCGGCGGACUCCUGACGAUCGUCCUUCCGCUGAUAGCCGGCUGUUUAUAUGCGAUCGGCGUCAACCUGGAGUCCCUCAUCUGUUCCUCUGUUGUCGCCGUCGGUUGAGAUUGAAAUGGUCACCGCCCCCGAUGAUUCCCCUCGCGUCAAGUUCCUCUGCAGCUUCGGUGGGAGCAUCCUCCCCCGGCCGAUCGACGGGCGGCUCCGCUAUGUCGGGGGCGAGACCCGGAUCGUGACCGUCCCACGCGACGUCUCCUACGAGGAGCUUUUGGCUCGGAUGCGCGAGCUGUUCGAUGGAGCGUCGAUCAUCAAGUACCAGCAACCCGACGAGGACCUCGAUGCGCUGGUGUCCCUCGUGAAUGACGAGGAUGUGAUGAACAUGAUGGAGGAGUACGACAAGCUCGGGACUGCCGGUGACGGUUCCACGUGGCUGAGGAUCUUCCUUUUUUCGCAGUAUCCUGAUCAUGACACGGCGGUUGUCGGUGCCCACUUCGAUGCUGAUGACCGGGAGGCCGAACGAAGGUACAUCGAUGCGCUCAACAGCCUUUCCGAUGCAAAAUCCUCCUCACCUCCGGAUAUCUCCGAGCAUCAUCUCGAUGGGGGGAUCCACAAUCAGGUUAAGUUGCGUCACCUUACGAUCCCUCAUCCUUCUCAUGCUCAAAGAUACGGUGAAAUGGAUGCUUCUUUUAGCCCUGCUCUUUUCUCCCCAGGGCAACAGUCUGCCACUGACCCACAGGAAUUCUCACCUUCUCCAUCGUCUGCAAGAUUUCACGUUGGGGCUGGGGAGUUCAACGAUAGAAUUGCUGAUGAGUAUGUUAGGCAAGCAGCGGGACACCAACACCAAAUGCAUCAGUAUGAUCAUCAGUCACCAUCACCUGUGGAAAAUUUGGUGUGGAUUCCCACAGGUGCAAUUGUUCAGGAAAAGUCUGGAUUUCCAACUAACUUGGGCCAUUCUCACAAUAUUAUCGAUGGAAAUGGUUACUGUGAGCAUUGCUGCAUGGCUUUCCAGAGGAACCAUAGUAUUGUUCCAGAUGCACGUUUUGUCAACAAUUGCUGGAAGCAUGGGCAGCCAUACAUGGAGCAACCAAAGAUGGUUAACGAAUACAUGGGGCACUUUCCAAAUUCAUGUGCUGAGUGUUCCAGUACCAGGGAUCCGCACAUGGUAAACCAAGACAUGAAGAUAGGCCAUGGUGUCUAUGCCAAAGAACAGAGUGAUGCGCACCACUUGUUCUUUAAUGAGUCCCAUGGUUAUGAACGGGGGUGGCCUAUGCACAGCCACCAGGUCACUCACAGACUUGAGGAUAUGCGGAUCAAUUACAACGGAACGGGUAGGGCAAAUGAACACUUUGUUGUCGAUGGAAAUAUGAUGAACGCUCCAUUUGCACAUGGGAACAUUAAUGAUGAACAUUCAUUCCCUUCUAAUUGCAUCGGCCGUGAUGAGACACAUUAUCUUCGACAUGGUACUAAUACUGGAAAUGAAGUAUUUCUUCCUCAGCCGACAGUCGGAAAUGGUACAGGCACAAAUGCACCACGAUUUGAAGAUUCUGCAGUUAGGUAUCGGAAUCAACCUUCUGCAUAUGGCGUGGAGAGUCUCUACCAAGUCUCAAACAAUCUGCAUCCAGUUCAGUCUUUACUGAGAAAUAGACAGGUUCCUACUCAUCCUGCUACAUCAUACGAGCUCUCCAAUUCGAUGAUUCCAAAUGGUGGGCCUGACUCAAGUUUUACAAGAUUUACACAGGAGGGCAGUCCAAGCUUUCCAUAUGUUCGGGUUGAGGACCAAAUUCCAAAUGCCUUGCCAAGCCAGAAUAACAGUAUGCAGCAAAGGAUGCUUGGCUUUGAAGAAACUGCUGCCCCAGAUUAUCUGUAUCACCAUGGUAAUAGACUGAACCCAAAAAACACCUCUGGUCCAAAUGGUGUGCCCCCCCUUGCUCCUGAUUCCGUUCCAUGUUCUCCUGGAAAAAUGCAUGUCAAAGUUACUUCUGAAGCAGUAUCUCUUCUGUCCGCACCUUCAUGCGCCAUUGACAAAGAUUUGAUUGUUUCUUGUGCUACUGGGGGCCAUCAGCCCCCUGUUCUGGGCUCUGAUCUGAUUCUGGAAAUGCAAUCUGCAGAAGAGAAAAGUCUGACAGAAGAAGCGCUGGAAGAAAAACAUGGAAUAUCAAAGGAACCUGAUGCACAUAUUCUCCUUUCCCCAAAGAGUAGACAAAAUGUGGAAUUGGCAAUGAAAGAGCUUCAGCUUUCUGAGGUGGAAGGAUACACAAGCAAAAUUGUUGAUGCUAACACUAAUGUUGCUCCUGGCGAUGAGGAUAUAUCUGAGGAGAACUUGAAUUUUUUACCUGAGUUGAUUGCUUCUGUGAAGAAAGCAGUGCUGGAAGGUGCCGAGGAGGUGAUAGCGAGGGUCCAAUCAGUUUCUGAAUCAGUUGCUACACCCGACCUUGGUAAAAAUGAACCAUUACAUGAUCGAGAACCUGAGAGCACCAAUGCAGAUGUUCACACUUGUUUGGAAGGAAAUAGUGAACAUGAAAAACUUUGUAAAACUGAACCCGUGACAGCUGAUGCUGAAGCUUUGGCUAAAGGGUUACAGAAUGCCAAUGCAGAUGGUCAGGCUGCCUCGGAAGGAAGUAGUGAACAUGAGACACUUUGUAAAAUUGAGCCCACAACAGCUGAAGCUGAAGCAUUGGCUAAAGGAUUACAGACGAUAAAAAAUGAUGAUCUUGAAGAGAUCAGGGAACUGGGUUCUGGCACAUUUGGUUCUGUCUAUCAUGGCAAAUGGAGAGGUUCUGAUGUUGCUAUAAAAAGAAUAAAAGCUAGCUGUUUUGCAGGGAGGCCAUCAGAGAGAGAACGCUUGAUUGCAGAUUUCUGGAAAGAAGCUCUGAUAAUGAGUUAUUUACAUCAUCCCAACAUUGUUUCCUUUUAUGGUGUAGUUCGUGAUGGCCCUGAUGGCAGUUUGGCAACCGUAACAGAGUUCAUGAUCAAUGGAUCUCUUAAACAGUUUUUGCAAAAGAAAGACAGAACAAUUGAUCGCCGCAAAAGACUAAUUAUAGCCAUGGAUGUCGCAUUUGGGAUGGAGUAUUUGCAUGGAAAGAAUAUAGUUCACUUUGAUCUCAAGUGUGAGAAUUUAUUAGUUAACAUGCGAGAUCCUCAUCGACCUGUUUGCAAGAUUGGGGAUCUUGGAUUAUCAAAAGUAAAGCAGCAUACGUUGGUGUCAGGUGGUCUUCGGGGAACUUUACCAUGGAUGGCACCUGAACUUUUAAGUGGAAAAAGUAAUAUGGUGUCUGAAAAGAUUGAUGUUUAUUCAUAUGGUAUUGUGAUGUGGGAGCUGCUUACGGGGGAAGAGCCCUAUGCAGAUAUGCGUUGUGCUUCAAUCAUAGGGGGCAUCAUAAACAACACCAUACGACCUAAAAUUCCAACUUGGUGUGAUCCUGAGUGGAAGUCCCUGAUGGAAAGUUGUUGGUCUUCUGAUCCAGCAUUGAGGCCUUCAUUCUCUGAGACAUCUCAGAAGUUGAGGAAAAUGGCUGCAGCGAUCAAUUUGAAAUGAAGCUCGACUACAAAUGCAAUACAGUCCAAAUUCCUUAUUUCCGUAUUCUUCUCUCAAUUGUCGAGAAAAAUCAAAGAUACACACUGCAAGCUUUAUUGCAUUCGCCACAUAGCAUACAGGAUCUCGGUGGAUGGAUCCUUAGCAAUCUAUGGACAUUGUCAGUGCUUCCAUACAUAGCAUAAUUGCUCAUGUAGUGCAACUAUACCUUCAUAUCAUAUUGUACAGCCAAACCAAGAAGGGCAUAUUGGCAUAGUCAAGAAGUGUAGGUAAAAUUUUCACUCAUAUUAACUUCGUCUCCUGUCCUUUUCUACAAGGAUGCUGUUUAGGUUUUUGAAGUAUGCAGCUUUCUUUGCAGAUUCGUAUGAUACUGUGUUUCAUGACACAUUUACCCAUUAGCGAAGUAGGUGUUUCCUGUGGUAUGUGUCUGGGUGGGAGCUGAUAUGAACUUAUGUAAAUAAAUUUUGUAGUUGUACUAUUUUCUACCGUUGUGGACCACUGGUUCAUUGUGCUAAUAAAAUAAACCUUCACAAGAA